UCGUAGGUAUAAAAAUUAUGUAUAAUGCAUUUAAUUUAAUUUUGUAAAUAAUUAAAAAUAAAAUUAAUCCGACUUGAGCGCCCCAUCACUCGGCAAGAUGGCAGCGCCCAUUCGUUACUCUAGCUUUAGUAAGUUAUUUCACAGCUUUCGUGUAUGUCAAACAUUGAAACCGACGACAGUUAGCAGUUAUUCAUCUACAAAGUGUGCAAGAUAUUUUGUAACGUCAGGACUAUAUAGGCGUGCAGGAAAUGUUAUAUUACCGCAUUUUCGGCAGUGUUUUCAGACGGCAUCGAAGUUUUCCGUUGCUGUGCGAAAUGCAACCAGAAGAAUUGGACGAGCGAAAGAAUUCGCAAAAGGAGGCACAAGGACAAACGACUAUAUGAAGAUCUCAUAUGGAUUCUGGAUAGGCACUUCAACUUGUGCCAUUGUGUUUUUUAGACUGAGUAAUGCAAAUUGUGCCUCGAAGUUGACUCGGACACGCUUUAUCGAAACUGACAAAAAUCCGACUGAGCCCAAAUUUCAGUGGCUCACUUUUUUAAAGUUAUUGCUCCCUGAAAUAUGGUUCCUAGUAUGUGCAAUUCUUAGUGCAUUUGCCGUGGCCAUAGUAAACAUAAAGAUUCCUCUUUUAUUAGGUGACCUUGUUGGUGUCAUAUCCAAAUAUACGGCAGAAAAUGCACAUAAUUAUCUUGCGGAGAUUUCAAAACCAGCGACUAGACUCUUAGCAAUGUAUGGUAUACAAGGACUGCUGACGUUCUUCUAUAUUACCCUUUUGUCGCACGUAGGCGAGAAAUUUGCAGCUAGACUUCGUAAUCAGCUAUUCUCCAAGUUGCUUCACCAAGACAUGGCAUUUUUUGACACACACAAAACUGGAGAGAUGGUAAACAGGUUGACAUCCGACAUUCAAGAACUAAAAAGUGCAUUCAAGAUGUGCAUAUCUCAGGGAAUGCGUAGCCUUACUCAAACAAUAGGAUGUGUCGCAUCCUUGUAUAUCAUAUCACCUAAGAUGACUGCGCUGAUGGUCAUCUUUGUGCCUGCCAUCAUCAUCACUGGGACUUUGAUUGGGUCUGUGUUGAGGAAACUGUCACGUCAAGCACAGGCCCAGAUUGCUAGAUCCACAGCGGUCGCAGAUGAGGCCCUCGGGAACAUCCGCACUGUACGAGCGUUUGCUAUGGAGAAUAGCGAGAUUGCGAUCUUCCAGAGAGAAGUGGAUGAGUCACGUUGGAUGAACGAGAAGCUGGGAAUUGGCAUUGCAGUCUUCCAGAGCAUGUCAAAUAUUGCACUGAACAUGAUCGUACUCGGUACGAUUUACGUCGGCGGCCACUUGCUCUCCAAGAACGAACUCUCGGCUGGAGACAUGAUGUCAUUUCUAGUUGCCACUCAGACGAUUCAGCGAUCGUUGGCGGCCAUGUCACUACUGUUUGGAACGGCUGUGAGAGGUGUCACUGCCGGUGCAAGAAUCUUCGAGUACAUGAGCAGUGAACCAACCAUCCCGGUCACAGGAGGGAGAACCAUCCCAUAUCAUUCACUAUUCGGCGACGUCAGGUUUAACGACGUGACCUUCAGGUACCCAGGUCGGCCUGAGCAGGUCAUACUUGAUAAGUUCAGCAUUCACUUAGAGAAGGGCAAGACGCUGGCCCUCUGCGGUCUCUCUGGAGGAGGAAAGUCUACCGUCGCCGCCUUGCUCGAAAGGUUUUACGAGGUGGAAGACGGUAGCAUCACCGUUGACAACGUCGAUGUGCGGGAGCUGAACCCAGGGUGGCUGCGAGGCCGUCUGAUAGGUUUUAUCAGCCAGGAGCCUGUCCUAUUCGCAACCAGUGUAAUGGAGAAUAUCAGAUACGGACGGCCUGAGGCUAGCGACCAGGAAGUCUAUGAGGCAGCGAAACUCGCUAAUGCUGACGAUUUCAUCCGCAAUUUCCCGGACGGCUAUUCUACGGUGCUUGGAGAGAGAGGGGUGACAGUCUCGGGUGGACAGAAGCAGCGCAUCGCAAUUGCAAGAGCGUUAAUUAAGAAACCAUCUGUGAUCAUUCUUGAUGAAGCCACCAGCGCUCUGGAUGCGGAGUCUGAGCGGCUGGUGCAAGAGGCUCUAGACCGCAUAACUGCAGGCAGGACAGUGCUGAUCAUUGCUCACCGUCUGAGCACAAUUCAGAAUGCCGACAUGAUAGCAGUUUUAGCAGACGGAGUCGUUGCAGAGAAGGGAACGCACACAGAACUCAAGAGGAAAAAGGGCCUCUACUGGCAGCUGAUACGACACCAACAGGAGACCGAGCAGCUAGAAGAACAGUUGCAUAUCAAGCACAGACACACGGGUCAUCACUGACGUACUGUGUAUACACUAUGUCCACAUUGAUGAGAUUUAGUUAUCGAGAACUAACUGAUAGAUUAUUUUUAGAUUUAUUGAUCAGUUGUUAGAUUUAUUCAAGAUGGUGCUCUGGUGUUGCUACUCAGUAGUCUUUCAUUGCGUUUGUGUUAUUAAAUUACUUCACUCUGUUAACAUAUGAAAUUUAAGAAUGGUAUCCAAAAAAACAAUUUCUCUCAAUUUUUGUGUGCUAUAUAAAGUCUGAGAUUUGCAUUCCAAAUAGAAUGUAUCCAUUGUUCAUAGUAAACUAAUAACAUCUCUAAUUUAAAAACGUUUGUAACAGUUUUAUUCAAAUUUCCAACUUUCAAGGUUAAUCCGAACCUCAGUUUAUGCUUUCAGCAGUAAAUAUUUCUUAAAUAAUCACUAAUAAAUAACAUGGACUGUAGUAACAGGUACCAAGGCUGAAUCAGAGGCCUGCCAGCUGCAAUAAAGCACGAUCUAAUGAAGCAAUUAUUGUUUUGAAAAGUGUACUGGGGUUGCAUGUUCAUAUUAUGGAACUAUCACAGAUAGUAGACAUGCUACUCUAAAUAUAGAGUGGCCUAUUGAUUUGUUAGUUUGUGCUAUUAAUAGCAAUGCUGGUACUAAAUAAAAAUCUAAAUAAUAACGACAUA